AUGUAUUCUCCCAAAGUCGGCGAUCACAUCGAUAGCCUUGAUACGCCUUCAAUGGUCGUUGACCUUGAUCUCUGUGAGGCUAAUAUCAAGAAGCUGAUGGACAAGCUCCUGCCAACAGGAUUGGACAUUCGCCCACAUCUCAAGACGACAAAAAGCGCCAUUCUGGCGAGCAAAUUGGCCAAGGCCGGAGCAAAGGGGGGUUGUGUCGCAAAAGUGAGCGAGGCGGAGGUUAUAGCGGCGGCUGGAUUCGAUGACCUCCUCAUUACUUGCGAGAUCAUCGGUCCCGCGAAGGUGAAAAGGCUGGUGGAGCUGUAUCGCAAGCACCGGGGUAUUCGAAUCGUGGUGGAUAGUGAAGUUGGCGCAACCGCCAUCAAUGAGGCUCUUGCAGCCUCGGGCAUUGACGACCCAAUUACCGUUCUGAUUGACCUUGAUGUUGGCCUCCAUCGCACGGGUGUCAAACCGGGAGAUUCAGCCAUGGCUCUCGCACAACACAUUGCCGGGCUGAAGUACCUGAAUUUGAUUGGGGUCCAAGGCUACGAGGGACAUCUGCAGCAUUUGCAUGACAGGGAGGACCGCAGGAGUCAGUGUCUACAAUCCAUGGAAAUCCUUACCGGUACGGCGAAUUCGUUACGCGAGGCAGGUUUCAAUAUGAUGGUUGUUACCACCGGAGGAACAGGCACGGCAGAAUUUUGCGCAACGGUUCCUGGCGUCACAGAGCUUCAGCCUGGAUCUUUCAUCUUCAUGGAUACUGAUUAUCGAAAUGCUGUGGGCACAUUCUACUCCAACAGCCUCACUCUUUUGUCUACCGUUUUGAGCAAGCAAGGCCCCCAGACUGUCACGAUUGACACGGGACUGAAGUCCCUAACGACCGAUAGUGGUCUAGCCGAGUGCAAGGACUCAAGAUACAAAUAUGGUGUUCUGGGUGAUGAGCAUGGUUCACUUAGCUGGGAUGAUACUGCGCCGGCCCUGGCUGUUGGUGAUCGGGUGGAAAUGAUCCCCAGUCACAUUGAUCCUACAGUCAACCUGCAUGACUUCUAUUAUGCCCACCGCAGAGGUGUCAUUGAGGAAAUCUGGCCCGUGGACUCACGAGGAAAGGUUCAAUGA